ACGCUAGAGAUAUUCGAUAAAGUGCCUACUUGUUUCGUAACAGGUUCACUUAAAAAUUGUAGAUUUCAAAGUUAAUUUUUGGUGCUAUAAACAUGUAUCAUCAACUGAACAAAGUCUCCGGUCGGCUUGUUGCUGCCACUAACUUACAGAGUCCACUUUUCCCAGUGGUUCCUAUUGCUUUACAAAGGGUGGACCCACCAGCUAUUCAAUACAAUACCGCCCAUAUGUCGACCGUGACUGAGUCUUGCUCCACUGGGCCAAGACGUCUCGUCCCUGGUACCAACCAACCCUUCUCACCAUUAUCUCCUAAAAUCCGUGAACGUCAAGAACGUUUCCAGAAAGAAGAUGACAUCCCAGUUUUCUUAAAGGGUGGUCCAUUUGAUGGAAUUAUCUACAGACUCACAUUACUACUCUGUGCCGCUGGUCUUAUUGGCAUUGGUCACACUGUCUACAUCCAUGCUGUACCCAAAAAGUGAAUUAUUUAAAAACACAAUGAAAGUAGUUUAAUUUAUAUAAUGUGAUGUGGAUCAGUAUCCAAUAAAAAAUUGAAGCGAUAA